AUGGAAGACGUCGAUUUCAACGAACUGAAGGAGCAACAGCGGCAGUUGAAGCGGACCAUCAACGGUGUAGCGAAGUUCGUUGAAGGCUUCACAAUGGAACGGCACGAAAACCAGAUCGAUGUCCGGUUGGAUAUGUUGGAAGAUGCGAUGCGGAGAUUCUACAACGUCCAGCGUAAGAUGAAGGUGAUCCUCGACGAAGAAGAUCUCGAAACCAAAUCAGAAGCAAAGGAAUCCGAAAGUCAGCGGGAAAAACGUGUGCAAGCCAAAAUAGCCAAGCGUGAGGCUGAUUUUGACGAGGCUGCGUCUCAGGUCGAAGAAGUCUACUGUGCAGCAAAAUCUUCCCUGGUAGCCUUCAAGCGAAAAAGACAAGUGUCAGUCGAAGAGUCAGUUUUGUCAACCAGUUCGGUAAUGUCGCGUGUAAAGCUUCCGGAAAUUCAGCUGCCGAAUUUCAGCGGAAAAAUUCGAGACUGGGUCACCUUCCGCGACAUGUUUCAGAGUCUCAUACACAACAACGGUCAGCUUUCCCCAAUCGACAAAUUCACCUACUUGAGGUCAUCGGUGACGGACGAAGCGCUCCAGGAAAUCGGCUCUAUUGAAAUCACGGCUGCAAACUACCAGGUGGCAUGGAGUUUAUUGGAAAAGCGAUAUGAAAACAAAAAGCUCAUCGUCAAAGCGCAUUUGGACGCGCUUUUUGCAAUCCAGCCUAUUCGUCGGGAGAACAGUGAGUCGUUGAAUCGCCUCAUCGGUGACUUCGACAAGAACCUACAGAUGUUGGACAAGAUUGGGGAAAAUACCAAGAGCUGGUCAACGUUGUUAGCGCACAUGAUCUGCAUGCGUCUGGACCCCGUUACACUUCGGCAGUGGGAAACGCAUCAUAAUUCAAAGGAAGUUCCUACCUACUCCAGCCUGAUGAACUUCCUCCGAGAUCAAUGUUUGGUUUUGCAAUCUCUCGUCGCCAACAGUUCCUCUGAGCCCCAGCUUCCAAGGUUUACGAGUUCACGUGAGCCACAGUAUCGACGGGUAAGAAGAUCGCCUGAGCCAGAGUAUCGACGGUUUAGAAGCACGACUACAUAUCUCACAUCUCAGCCUGAGCCAGAAGAUUGCUUCAUUUGCGGAGAUUUUCAACAUAGCAUCCACCAGUGUCGGACGUUGAAGAGUUGGUCUGUGUCAGAACGGUUUUCGGAAGUCCACAAACGUCGCUUGUGUUUUAAGUGUUUGCAACCUGGACAUUAUGCCAUAGAUUGUACCAGAAGUCCCUGUCAAAAAUGCCAUCGGAACCACCACACACUUUUGCAUUAUGAAAGUCCUCGCUACUUCUCUCGGCCUCACUCACCAUCUUACUCCUCCUCCGUUCCACCAACGCGCAACAGACCCGAUAAUGCCAAUCAGUUUGAAACGAACCAAAGUAGAGAAAACACACAAACUCAGCGCACACCAAAUCGAAGAACUCAGCAAUCCACCAAUUCGUACCCAGUUGUUCAAGCACCCGACCCACAAAAUUACCCACAGUACACCACAGAUAACCUUUCGCACACUUUGGAAUCAGUCAGUAGCCCAUACAGAGUAUGA